AUGCUGGCACGUCGUGCGCAGCUCUUUCGGACCAGGACAUCGACUGAGCAGGCGAAUCUGGAGACACCUGAGUUUCUAAGUGUGAGAAGCUUUCCGCCUUUGACAUGGGUGGUGGAGGACUUUGUGCAGGAGCUUCCAGAGGAGCACGCGCAUUCGUCCGAUCCAGCUACCGCCUGGCUUAGGUCUUACCUGUCUUUCGUCAAUGAUACUUCAGGUGAAGAGGUGCACAUUCUCUCCAAGCUGUACAGUAACGUGAAGGUGCAGACAUUGUUUCUGCCUGCGACUUCAAAGCCAGAGCUACAGGACCUAUCGAAACUUCAAUGGACCCAACUCACGUCAGAAUUCAAGAAGGAACUUGGAGAGCUGAAGACGCACGUCCUGGCGAACCUGCACGCUCGUUCCUUUGAAGGUGAACCUAUGACGGGCCGCACUUUGGAAAGAUCGCUGCGAUUCAUUGUGCAGGGUCUGCAGCGGGGCAUGUUCCACGAAUUGCCGUCAUUGUGGACAACCUGGACGCAGCAGGUCGCAGAGAUGUCGCUGCAGGAUGCGGAUACCUGGUUUUCGUCGCUGUUGUCCAGCAUUGACCACGGCGAGGACCCCAUUCCAGUGCGAGACUUCACCAACAAGGCAACGCUCUCUAGAGAGAUGGACUCUGCCGCAGAGUUGGCACUCUUGGCAUCUCUUGGCACGCUGCUGCCGGUCACAAGCACGACGGAUGUUUGGAGUGAAGUUGCAGCACGCAGAAGUCUCGAGGUGGAAGAUGCAAGAAGCAAGUCAGUUCAGCACCUGUCUGAGACAAAACCAUCUUGA